AUGUCGGACUUCUCCAUGUUCAGCCUGUUCACCGCCGGCCUCGCGUGCCUCAUCCCCUUCACGAGCGCAUACACCAAGCCUGUUGGUGCUGAGCCCAAGGGCAACCCGAUCUAUACUCCAGGUCUUCAUGAUGUCGUGCCUGCCGGAGAGCCAUACACCAUCUCCUGGGACCCCACCACCGAUGGCACGGUCACGCUCGUCCUUCUGAAGGGCCCCUCUGAGAACGCUAUCCCUCAGUACAGCAUCAUCGAGAACUACCCAAACACUGGGUACUACGUUUGGACUCCAGAGGACGAUCUCGAGCCAUCCAGCGGCGAGGGCGGAUACGGGAUCCAGCUCAUCGUGGACGCCACCGGCCAAUACCAGUACACCACCCAGUUCUCCGUCUCCAACGACCACUACAAGCCAGGCAGCUACGGUAGCUCCAGCUCCUCUUCCGCCGCCGCUGGUUACUCGUCUGCCGCCUCCUCCGCCUCCUCCGCCUGGUCCAUGGUCGCUUCCUCUGGCUACGCUGCGCCGACUGGCAUCUGGUCUCACUCGAUGCCCAACGGCACUCACCCGCGCCCGACCGGCUACAUGUCGCACAACACCACCAUGAAGCCGAUGCCGACCCACCACAUCAGGCCCACCCUCUACACCUCCAUGUCUGCCCCGGCCUCGAGCGCGAGCUCGUACGCACCCAUCCCAUCGAGUGUGACUCCUUCGCGGCCGUCGGCGACAAACGCGGGCUCUUCGCUCACCGCGAGCUUCGUCGGGUUGGUGUUUGCGGCUGGUGUGGCGGUCUUUGCUCUAUGA